AUUUAUUUUGUUUAAGAAUAUUAUUAUCAGAAAACCUACUUGCAAAAAAAAAAAAAGAAGAAGCCCAUCUGCAGGUGCUUGUGUCUUACAGAUGACGUAGUUAAAUUGCGCGCUUUGCUUUGCGUAUCACGUGGAAAAGUAAACAGGGAGGGGUAGCUCUCCUCGUGAUUGGCAGCGCUUACGAGGAAAACAGACGCGGAAACUCGUCUCCCCAUUGGCUGGUUUUCAAAGCCUCACUUCCUUAAAUGGUACUUUGUCUGAAGGUUUUAUGGCGUUAGGACGUGUAGUGGCAUAGCUUUUGAAUCUGUACUCCACCUCAAAACCUUACCCCCUUCCCUUUCGGAACUUUUAUACUAUACGCCAUAUGUUAUAAAUGUUUUCAAAACGCUGAAGUUACAAGUGAAUGACUGAUUUGUUGCCUAAUGUAAUCGUAUUCGUGUUGUUUCGGGACGAUAUUUCUCUCGGGGAGCUCAGUGGCUUAAAGUCGUGUAUGCGUAAGAGCAGAUAGUGUUUUUUUUUAAUAUUCGAACUACAGUGACAUUGAGUGGACGUGUGGAUUUUUUUAUAUCUGUGCGUGGAAAGAGUUUGUUUUUCGUUAUAGUAGAACUAGUAUGGACGAACAGAGUCGCAUGAUGCAUCCUGUCACUUCUCAAGUCGGAAUGAUGUCUCAACCUUAUGGAAUGCAACCUGUAGAUCCAAACCACGGGGCUCCCACGACGCCGGAUCAAGAAACUCGAAAGCAAGAUAUAGGGGAGAUCCUUCAACAAAUAAUGAACAUAACAGAUCAAUCACUUGAUGAAGCACAAGCGAGAAAGCACACCCUCAACUGUCACCGAAUGAAGCCGGCUUUGUUCAGCGUCUUGUGCGAGAUCAAGGAGAAAACAGUGCUGAGCCUGCGCAACACGCAGGAGGAGGAGCCACCUGACCCACAGCUCAUGCGGCUGGACAACAUGCUGAUAGCUGAAGGCGUGGCUGGUCCAGAGAAGGGCGGCGGCGCGGGGGCGGCGGCUAGCGCCUCGGCGGCCGCCUCUGGGGGCCCUGGCCAGCCGGACAAUGCCAUCGAGCACUCCGACUACCGUGCCAAGCUCGCGCAGAUCCGCCAGAUCUACCACCAGGAGCUGGAGAAAUAUGAGCAGGCAUGUAACGAGUUCACGACACACGUGAUGAAUCUGCUAAGGGAGCAGUCGCGUACCAGACCCAUCACACCCAAGGAGAUAGAGCGCAUGGUGCAGAUCAUCCACAAGAAGUUUUCCUCCAUCCAGAUGCAGCUGAAGCAGAGCACGUGCGAGGCCGUCAUGAUUCUACGGUCGAGGUUCCUGGAUGCCAGAAGAAAGCGGCGCAACUUUAGCAAACAGGCUUCGGAGAUCCUAAAUGAGUACUUCUACUCGCACUUGAGCAACCCAUACCCAUCUGAAGAGGCGAAAGAGGAACUUGCCAGGAAAUGUGGCAUUACAGUGUCUCAGGUGUCCAACUGGUUCGGAAAUAAGAGGAUACGCUACAAGAAGAACAUAGGCAAGGCGCAAGAAGAGGCGAACCUGUAUGCGGCAAAGAAGGCAGCAGGUAGGGGUGCUAAGAAAGGAGCCUCGCCCUACAGCAUGGGGCCUUCUUCCCAAGGCACCCCCACUCCUAUGAUGUCGCCCGCUCCGCCAGGAGGCCCGCAGGACAGCAUGGGCUACAACCUCAACAUGAAUGGGGGAGACUAUAGUUCAUCUAUGCCUGGCUCUCAGCCACCUUACACGGACGGCAGUUUGGGGUAUGACCCGAUGCACCAGGGCCACGUGACUCCCAAGGCGGGCUCCCCGGUGAGGCCGGCUUCGGGCGGGUGGAACCCCCAGGGCCCGCCCCCCAGGGAGCAGAUACCCGACUUCCCGCCCGUGCAGCCACCCCUGGCCGCCGAGGAUGACAGCGCUGACAGCAGCGACGCAGAGUCCGUCAAGAGGCAGAAGCUCUAGAACAAGCCACAUCUGCCGCUUCCUCGGCUCCUUGCUUCGUGUUGCAUCGCGUCUUCGCUCUUAGUUCAGCAGUUUCGAUACGUUCUUCAAGUGGAUGUGACAAAUCUUUCAGCAAUAAAACUGUUUAUUUGUAAUUCAACCUAUGGCGAAAAUUGCAAAAGCUGAGAAUGUUUUGAUAUGAUAGACCAUUCGUAAUCUAAUAUAUGGUGAAUGAAAAAAUUGAUUUUAGUUAUGUGAAUAAGUUGUAGCAGUAGUGGAUAAAAUAAUCUAUUGGAAUGAUAGUUGUAAAUAUUGUCUUGUUCUGAUAAGCUAGUUGGAAUUCAACCAUAUUUCACACGCUAGCUUUAGAGUUUAUAAUAAUUGGUUUUUACACAUUGUUGUAUACUUUUUUCCCUUUCAUUACUUAUUACAUAUUUGGUGAUGGUUUAGCAAAAUAAAUUAUUUGCAAUAGUGCAUACAAAUUUUUCUUUGGGGUUUUUUUAACACUCAUGUCGCGUAAAUGUGUGCUGUUAUUUGUGCAUAUGCUUUGAUGCCCGUGAACUUACUUUGUAAGUUGUUGCAAAAAUACUUUUUUAUUAUGUACGUUAGCAUGUGACUCAAUAUGUUAAUUUGUCAUGGGAUGAGGUGUUGAAAGGUAGGUGUAGUUAAAAACCCAAUAAUGCAUUAAGUAAUUCAUUAAUUCAUUUUGAGUUUUGGUCUCAUCAAGUACCUACAUUUUUAUUGGUUAUUUUAUGAUGAUAAUUGCUUCAAUUGGUAGCUAUUUACUAUGAACAUGCAAAACAAUUAGUACACAUUUUUUAAAAAAAAUGUAAUGUUUUGUACUUGACUCAACAACUCACUGCAGUUAGUCAGUACAUGAUAAGAGGCAAGAGCUUGUGGCAUGGGAAUGGCUCUGCUGGCUCCCCGUGCUGUUGAGGAUGUUGGCGGAGCGUUAAAGAAGAAGAGCAUUAGAAUAUUUGCGAUAUUUCUCUCUUUGUAGAGAGAUUAACAUAAUUAUGUUUACUAUCACAAUGAAAUUUAAAUUUAAAAGUAUUACUUUUCAGAAAAAUAUUGGAAACAUUCCUUUUUAUUUUUAUAAAUAAGCAUUGUGUUAAGGUUGUUGCAUUGUAAUUCACAAGUUGUAUUCAGAAAUGUUUCAACCAAUCAGCCUGCCUGCUUUGUGUAGUGGGACGUUGAUUUCAUGUAUUUGCUUUCAGGCACGGUGCAAUUAAAACCAAAUUCAUUCAGUCUGCUGGCUUAUGCUGUGGCCAGAUCUGUAUACGUACAUAAUACAUUUAUGUAUAUUAACCAUGUUGAUACAUAUGUAUACUAUUUUCACUAUUAUUAAGCAUUUUUGUGUUAGAGGUAUUAAGGGGUCAGUUUUCCCCCUGAGAUAUCACUAAAAAUAUGUGUAGCACAUAAGUAUACUUUUAAAAUGUGAUCACUUCUUUCUAUACGAGUUAGGUAUAUAAUGUGUAUAGUUGUUGAGAAAGAGUUUCCUUUUAACGGCUUCUUAGUGAACAGUACUCUGUUGCUGUGUGUGAGUGAUCAUGUUUCGUCUAAACUGAGUCUUUAUUUAAUUACUAUGCAACUUAAAACAUCACUAUUCUUGAGUCAGUUAAAUAAUUAAAUAAUAGAUGUUUGUAAAUAAAAUAUUAAGAACUUACAGAAUCAGCAUUACAGCAAAGCAAGGCAGUGAUGUACUGUCUGCAUCAAUAUCACUACACUGUUCUGCUGUACUAGGCACCCCUGUCCACGGGCUGCUGGGGUAGAUUGUUUCAGUUGCACUUUGCACCGACUCUUAAUCUACUUGGUCAUUAGAGAUGUUCGCACAGAUCAGGGCUGGAUAUUAGGAAGGGAAUGGGCAGUGGCUCAGCUCUUGCCAAAGUGUUUUCAGGAAACCUUGGGAAACUGAAAUCAGGAUGGCCAGGCUGGGAUUUGAACCCGGAACCUCUGGUAUUCAAUUUUCAUCUUUGUUCUAGCCAACACAUUUUUCCCCCGCAUUUUGUAACAUCAACAUCGUAGUAACGAUGCUGCUAGGCUUUUCUUUAGAAUGCCUUGAACUGCUGAUGCCAUGGUGACACACUGCAUGCACGAAUGCCAUUACAAACAGCAUGACUGUAAUAUGUUUGAUGAGCUCAAAGCCUGACAUACAUGCUUGUUUGUGAUAAGCAUCUUAUAAAUUGUUACAGGUUGCUGUUAACAAUUGUUAUGUGUUUGGGAAACAUCUGUUUGUGGCAUACUGACAGUGUCUGGCAUUAGUGUUGUGUGAAUGGUGAAUCAAGCAAGUGGCCCUGUGUGAGAAAGUAUUGAGAUAUGUGCUCAUAGGUAGCAGGAUGUGAAUGUCCUGCUACCUCCAGCAGCAGUGUGGCGUGGAUGGGGUUCCAGAAGUGGGUCUGCCUGACCGUGAUGUGAGCUAGGAAGCAGUUUUGUCUGUCUGGUUGUCUUUUUUUUUUUAAUGGGGAAACUCAAACUUCUCAGGUUGUAAAAACAGUAUACUAUAUCCUUGUCUAGUUUUUUUUUAUAACUGCCUUACAGCAAUAUAUAUGACAGACAUAUACAUAUAAUUAAAAUAAUAUUUUAUGCUUCGAUGACAUUAAUAGCUCAUGAGAAAAACAAUUAUGCAAUUAUUGUAAAUUACAGUCAUAUAUAUUACAACUGUUUGAUAAAAGUUUUCUCUUAUAUUUUUAAAGAAAUGUCUCAAAAUAUUAGCAGCUCUUUUUAUAUUUCUGAAAAUGUAAAUACAAAAAUUUCAUGGAAAGUUAUUUACGAUGUACAAAUAAGAAAAGCACUUAUGUAACACUGUAAUCGUCCACAUCAAAAAUUGUCGCAAAGUAUUUGUCAAUAAAAACUGUGAUUUUAACUAUAAGAAUUAAAUAGUGCUUUUUGUGUAUCCAGGAAUUUUUUAAAUAGUUGAAUUUUUGUUUUGCAGCCUGCAUUUUUAUUUGAUGUUGUGCUCUAUCUUAUUUCAGUUUUAGACACAACAAUUUGUACAAGUUUUUUUUUCUAACUUUAAAGUAUGCAAUAUUUACAGAAUGUUAUAAUUUAUCUGGUGAAAAUGUGUUUUAAUGAAAUGCAUAUAUAAUAGUGAAUCUGUAUACUGCAGGGCAAAACAAAUGGUUUUAACAAAUGGACAUUGUUAAAACUUAUUCUCCCAAAAAUGUAUACGAUUUUCAAUAUCAAAUGAUAGAAUCUUUAGUAACUAAUAUAAUAAAUAAAGAACUUAAUAAACA